AUGCACCUGUCCAAGAACCGAUAUCGCCAUUCUCCUCGUGAGCGGUUUGCUGGCAAGCUCCGCCUUUGGGGACCUGACCAAGAUACAUCGGAAUCAAGCCGUACCGAGCCAGACGUUCUGGGGGCUGGUGCGGCCAACCUCACCCCUUCCAAGUCGUCCGUAUCAUUGGAGCCGCUCGAAGGCCGACAGGUCAAGGUACGCCGAGAGCGAACAUUCAAGGGCAUCCUCCGGCGAGGAGGCGAAACCAAGGAAGUUGAUAUGGGCAAGUUUGCUUCAGGACGAGAUGAAGAUGAGCUCGUAACCGAGAACCUUGCCGAUUGCAUGGGUAUAGCCGUCGUAGGCGACUACGAUUCCGAUAACAAGAAAAGUCGUGGCAGAUUUCUGGUCCACGUCUACCGCCAGCAUGCGAAGACCUAUGAUCCCUUUGAAGCAGCCGUCGAAAAGGCACUCGGUCGCGGCCUCAAAAUCACCGAAGUCCUAGUCGAGAUGGCAGACCCCGAGAGUAUCUUGCUAUCGUCGUAG